CAACCCCGUACACGCAAUGUUGGUAUUUUUAAAUACAUGUAUAUUGUCAGCUUGCUAAAUUCAAAUACAGAGAGAGCGAUAGAGAAUUUAGCUUUGCACGAAGUCCUUGUCAAACCUACACCACAUGGAAACUUCUGGCACAAUGAGAAGCCAAUCAACAGAUAAUUAACAACAUUAAACUAAAAAAGAGGCUAAUACGUGAAAACGACGUGAUAAACGUUGACCCCCAAAACUAUGAUGCCCACCUCGUCAAAUUUGUUUAAACCUCGUUAAUGACCAAAUCAAGGAGACAUUAAUCCUAAGCAAUCCCAUUCCAAAUUUAGAUCCAAUGAACUACAGCAGCAACAAGGACGAGAAUGAUUUUGACUCAAGUGGGUUCACAUAUGGCGUAGCCUUUGUAAUUGGGUUGGUCUUCUUACUUGUGACGGUGGCUUUUGCAUGUGUGAGGCUUCGCAUGGCACGUGGUCCUAACAUGCUCAAUAUUUUGUCUGGUAUUCCACCAUCACGUCACGCUCCAGCAGAAGAUGAUUCAGCUGAACAAGGCCUACGCCUUCAUCACAUUGACACAAGUUUUGAAAGCUAUCCCAAGCUUCUUUACUCUCAAGUUGAGAAAGAGAAGAAGGGCUCAAGCUCUCUUUCUUCUAGCUGCCCCAUAUGCUUAGGGGACUACAAAGAAACUGACAUGUUGAGGCUUCAUUAAGGUGAUGACUACCGUGGAGAUGUACAGGAGUGGAUAUUCGUUAAGGGUUCUUCAACGCUUGAAGUCAAUACAGAAAUCAUGCAUAGGUGUACUUAACUAUAGGAGCAUUGUAUCAAAGACACAUCUCUCAAGUUAAUUCAGACAUGUUUAUUUAAUUAUAACUUACAUUGCAGUAUAAACAUAUCUAGAUAUAAUGUGUUGCUAAAUGAUUUCACUUUAAUUUGCAUAGUCCUCAAUCCUAUUGUUCCUUUUUUAUCAUUUUGAUUUUAGAUUUUGAUGAGAUCAUUACAGACAUACUCCUUUAAUUACAAUAUAGGAUGAAAAUGUGUUGAU